AUGAGUGCAAAAGUUGUCGAAAAUUAUUCCCUCUUAGAAGUUAUUGGUUCAGGUUAAUAUGGUAAAGUCUAUAAGGCUCUAAAUAUCAAGAAUAACAGUCUGGUUGCAGUCAAAGUUGUUAAAAUAGAAAAAUUUAAAGAAGUUCCUAAACUUGAAGAAUUUACAAUGAAUGAAAUACAAACUCUAGCAAGAAUUAAUAAUCCUCAUGUUGUCAAAUUCAUAGAAAUGUUAAAGAGCUCUCGUAAUUAUUAUUUUGUCUAUGAAUAUUGUAAUGGAUCAACUCUAGAAGCUAUUAUAUAAGAAUAAGGGUAAUUAUUCAGUAAUAACACUCUAGAGUAUAAACAGAAAAAGAAGCCUUGUACUACUUCAGAUAAUUAGUCUAAGCCUUCUAAUCCUUAGUCUAAGAAAAUAUUAUGCAUAGGGAUUUGAAGCCGAGUAAUAUUAUGUUACAUAAUGGCUCAAUUAAAUUGGGUGAUUUUGGAUUCUGCAAGGCAUUGAAUACCCCUUAAGAUUUAUCAACAACAAUGGUUGGAUCACCAAUAUAUAUGGCACCUGAAAUUUUAAAAGGAUAAGAGUAUACUAUUAAAGCAGAUAUCUGGUCAUUGGGUUGUGUCUUGUAUGAGUUGCUUUAUGGAAUUUGUCCCUUUGAAGAAAAAACUAUGGCUUAAUUGAUGUUAGCAGUGGAGGAAAGAGAAAUAUAGUUUUUGGAUAAUGUUAAUGUUGUAUCUCAAACGACUAAAGAUUUACUAUUAAAAAUGCUAACAAAAGAUUAGAAUAAAAGAAUCAGUUGGAAGGAAUUAUUUGAAAGAGAACUGACAUAUACUGAAAGUAAUGCUUUAUUUAAUUAUUUAGGAAUUAAAAAUACAGAAUAACAACCAAAUUAAAUUUAAUAAGAGUUGACUUUAAAUUCAUAGAGAAAUAAGGAAUCCAAAGCAUUUAAAUAUUUAUUAAUGGAAAGAAAUAAGAUAUUUUAUCUAUAUAAAGUUGUAGAGGAAGUUUUGGAAUUAAGUAAAGAUGAAGUAUAUUUAUAUUAAUUAUUAUUUAGAGAGAUGAAUAGAGAGAAUCUUAAAGUGUAUAUUGUGGAUAUCUACUUGUUAAAUAUAUUUGUUAUUUAAUAGAAAUGAUUAGGAUGAAUUUAGUUGAAAAGUUCAAUGUUUCAGCAUUCCCUCAUUUAAUCAAAAAACAUGAGCUAUAAAACGAUAUUACUAAAACAUUUGAAUAUAAAAGUUUUUGUACUUUAAUUCAAAAAGAGGUUGAAACAGCUAGAAAAAUGUUUAAACAUUAUUAGGAAGAAGCAGAUAAGUUCUUUAAAUCUUAAACAAAUGGAUCACAUAUAUAUUAAGGAACAGAAUUUGCACAUUUUGAAAAUGAAUUAUAGAGAGAAUUAAGUACUUCUGAAAUUUCAAUUACUUUUAUGAAAAAGUUAGUAUUGAAAUAUUGUGAGGAUAUGAAAAGUCAAUAUUUAUAGUAAUUCUUAGAUAAAAAUCCAUAAAGUGGGAGCAAGUAAUAUAUUUAUUUAUAUAAGAUAAUUAUUGCAUAUAGAAAAAACAUUAGAGUCUUUAAUUCUAGAUGAAUUUUUUGAAAAUUGUAUGGACAUUUAAUAAAUAGAUUUAGAAUAAUAAAAUUAUUUUGCAAUUUUAAAUAAAUAUACAAAAUCUGAUUUAUUGUAAGUUAUUACAAAUAAGAUGGAUUACAUUAGACAUAAAUUAUAUAAAUGA